AUGAGUGAGUCAGACAGCGGUGGUGGAAUGGAAAUUGAUUCAGCAUUUGCUACAAUACCCAAAAACAAAUCUUGCCUAUGUGUCUGGCGUGUCGAGAAUUUCAAACUAGUCGCUGUUCCACGUGAAUCUCAUGGAAUAUUUUUCAAAGGUGAUGCCUAUGUUAUCUAUCAUGCUGAAGAAAUCAAAAAAUCGACGAGUGCAUCAUCGACAACACCAGCGAAUUUGAUUCAGCAUAUUCAUUUCUGGAUUGGUUCAGAAGCCACACAAGAUGAAGCCGGUGUUGCUGCAUAUAAAACUGUUGAACUAGACGAUCAAGGAAAAGUUGCACAUGGAAUUGGAUUUCUUGCGUUUUUUCUUCUUCUUCAAGAAUAUCAAUUUGAGGACAAUGUUAUUCUUUUCAAAAGAAACGACUAUUUAUCAGGCAAUGCUGUUCAACAUCGUGAAGUACAAGGAAACGAAAGUGAACGUUUUCUAUCCUAUUUCAAAUCUCGUGGUGGUGUUACCUAUCGACAAGGUGGCAUCGCAUCGGGUUUUCACCGACAUCAAUCCAACAAUGAACCACGUCUAUUUCGCUUGAAAGGUCGUCAUACUGUGCGACUUUAUGAAAUGCCUACUAUUGACUGGUCGCAUAUGUCUCGUGGUGAUGUAUAUUUAUUAGAUUUAAAUGAAGUGAUCUUUCUAUGGAACGGAGCGAAAUCAAAUAAAUACGAACGUAUACAAGCGAUGCAACGUGCUAAGCAAUUGCGAGAUGAACGUGGAAGAACGAAUAUUGUUAUUAUCGAAGAUGGAGAAGAAACGAAGAUGAGUAAAGAUGAAUUAAAAUUAUUCGAAACGAGAUUGUUAUUGAAAGAUAAAAAUACCAAAUUAAGUACAAAUGAUAUCAGCGAUGAUAACGAUGACGACAAGCGAUUGGAUGGUACACAUAUAAAAUUGUAUAAAUGUUCCGAUGAAAGUGGAACUUUGAAAGUGACGGAGAAAAAAGCGGGACCAUUACUGAAAACUGAUCUUGACAGUGAAGAUGCAUAUAUUAUUGAUAAUGGUAUCUAUGGUGUUUGGGUGUGGGUUGGCCGACGAUCUAAUGUGAAGGAACGACGAGAAGCAAUGAGAAAUGCUCUUGGUUUUCUGCAAAAGAAAGGCUAUCCAAAAACGACGAAAGUCUGUCGAGUUAUCGACGGCGCUGAACCGAUGGAGUUCAUUGCUCUCUUUAAAAUCUGGACGGAUGUUAACGCUCAAAAAGGUCUUGGCAAAACUUAUACCAAAGGACAUAUCGCCAAAAUGGCGUCGUCACAAUUCGAUGCAGUGACAAUGCAUUCUCAGCCACAAUUAGCAGCUGCAACACAAAUGCCCGAUGACGGUUCUGGAAAGAAGGAAAUUUUUCGCAUCGAGCAGUUCAAAAUGGUUCCAUAUCCUGAAUCGAUGCAUGGAAUCUUCUUUUCAGGCGAUUCAUUCGUCAUUCAAUACACGUAUCAUGAUCAACAGCGUUCGUACACCUUGAUCUAUUUCUGGUUAGGACAUCAUUCCAGUCAAGAUGAACAGGGUGCUGCAGCGAUGGGUGCUGUUGAACUCGAUAAGAAGAUCCAUGGUACAGGAACUAUUAUACGUGUUGUUCAAGAUAAAGAACCACUUCAUUUUAUGGCGAUGUUUCAUGGACGGAUGAUUAUUUUUAAACACGGCAAACGCAGUGGCUUUAGAAAUUUACAAUACCAUGAUGAAAAUACCAGUGAAAACGAUGAUACUUAUUUGUUGCAAGUCCGAGGCCUGUCAAAAUUCGAUACUAAAGCUGUUCAAGUGGAUUUACGCGCCUCAGCUUUGAAUUCAAAUGAUUGUUUUGUCCUAUUCACUCCGCAAUCUGUUUAUAUUUGGUGUGGCAAAGGAUCAACAGGUGACGAACGGGAAAUGUCUAAAAUUGUCGCAACUUCAAAAUCGAAAGAUCCGAUUAUGGUAUUCGAAGGGCAGGAAAAAGAAGAAUUUUGGGAUCAUUUUCCAAAUGGUAAAGAACCGUAUGCAUCGGAAAAACGUCUAGCUGAUCAUCAAUCCUUGCUCAUGAACGCGACCGAUCAUCCUGUAAGAUUAUUUGAAAUAUCCAACGCUAGUGGACAUACAACUGCUGUCGAGAUACUUCAAUUUACACAGGCUGAUCUUGAUGAAGACGAUGUGAUGUUGCUCGAUGCAUGGUCAAGUAUAUUCUUGUGGAUUGGGAAGAAUUCGAAUAAAACCGAAAUGAAAGAUGCAGAACGUAUCGCGUACGAUUAUUUGCGCACUGAUCCAAGUCAUCGUGAUCCUGAUACACCAAUAAUAAAAACAAAGCAAAUGCAUGAGCCUAUACAUUUCAUUGGUUUCUUCGGUCCUUGGGACAGAAAUUAUUGGACGAAUAAAUCAUCGUAUGAAGCAACAAAGUCUAUGUUACACGCUGACAACCGGUCGGAGAUAUAUGCAGAAUUAGUUCGAGAGAAACCGAAACAAAACAUACUAAAUCGUUCAACAGUGACAAAAUAUCCAUAUGAAUUAUUAUUGAAGCCAGCGGAUGAAUUACCUGAAGAUGUCAAUCCUGAACUGCGCGAAAUUCAUUUAAACGACGACGAAUUUAAUCAACGCUUCAAAAUGACUUACACAGAUUACGCUUCGAAACCUGCUUGGCGACAAAAGGAAUUGAAAAAACUUGCCAAACUAUUUUAA